AUGGAGCCCGACUGUGUCAGCAUUAAUCUUUAUACAUGGGGAGAUGGAAAUGGAAACCAUGAAUGUGAACUGAACAAUGCUACUCAUGAAGGACACGAAAAAAAGUUGAUAGACCAAGAGAUGUAUUCUUAUCACGCAGCUGAGGUAAACGUAUCUUUCGAUUUAAGAAUACGAGUGGUUUUUUUUUUUUUUUUUUUUUAACUCUGAGUCUCGUGUUCACCUAUAAUUACGAACUUGAGUUUCCUUCCCUCUUUCAAGACAUUAGCGGUAAUACUGUGUCUGUGCUCUUAACCAGAAUCUCCUCAAAGAGAAAGCAUUUCAAAGUUAUUGGAGAAAUAUAGAAAUAGCAGAAGAACUAUGAUGACAAGGAUAACGAUGACGAUGUUGAUGAUGGUAGCGGUGCAGUUGACUAUUAGAUGUUGAAAAUGAUUUUAAUGAUGAUAAUGAUAAUGACAAUGACAACGGUUUGUUUUAUCUGUUAGAGCAAUUGUGUUCAAAAUUCUUGUAAGAACAAUGCCACUUGUCAAAGUGGAUUUGCUAAGAAAGGUUAUCAGUGUCUUUGUACCGCUGGAUUUGAGGGUCUGAUUUGCGAAAGAGGUAUACACAACUUCAAUGUUGAUGGCUUGAAGCCUUCAGUUUAACAACAAGGAAAAACUUUACCGCGUUGCUUGUUAAUUGGGUCCCGAAGAAUAAAAAAGCUUCUACUAUCCUCAUGUAGCUUAGAGCUCUCUUACUAGUCAGUAAGAACCGAAGGACAACAGGCCUUUGUCGCAGUUUCUUCACCAACACAACUAAAUGGCGAAUUUUUGAUUUUUGGUCUUUUUUUUUUUCUCGUCAUCUCCCUUCUCCUUAUUCGUCUUCACAUAUCUUUUUCUGAGCUGCACUGAAAGUGGACAGAGAUAAUAGUAAAAUCAUGAGCCAAAAGCAAAAAGUAGAACUUUCCGGAUCAAAAACAGAGGGAAUAUAUGACUGUUUCGCCGCUCAUCUGUACUGCUUGUGACUUACGAGGUGGCUGUUGAUCGAUUCAUUUUGAAUACAUUUUUUUAAGUCUGUAAAAGGGAAAUUGAUGUGUAGUGGUCAUGAGAAAACAAAAACUACGUUUACCCAAUUAUUGUUGAUUUUACAGUUGCUGGUCCUUUUUUUUUUUUUUUUGUACGAUAAUUUUGUUUUUAUAUAUUUGUGAAUUGUUUUUUGUUCAGACAUCAACGAAUGUGUUCGUGGGCUACACCAAUGCAGCUCUGAUGCGUUUUGCAACAAUACUCAAGGUUCGUACAAUUGUACAUGCAAACAUGGAUUUACCGGAAGUGGACGAGAAUGUAAAGGUAGGCGUUGGAUUCAUUAGCAAUAAUGUGAUGAAAAAAUAAAGCUUAUAUUUGCAAAUUAUCCACAAAGGGAUGAUAACUUACAUGUUGAUCCCCUCAACAGGAGAAUAUAUGUUAAAAUUAGACGCGCGCAGAGACAUAUAUAGCCGAAAUUACAUUGAAAAAGAUUAUUCUUGAUCACCAAAGUAUUUUUGCACCAAAUGGAAUCAAUCUACUGAUCACUGUUUCUUAGUUUCACUCAUCCUUUGUUGGACAGACUGUCGUAUGGCUACAGAAACCUAUAUGAUGUUCUCAACAACAAAUAUUAAUGCUGUUCAAAUCAAAUACGAAUAUCAAGUAAUGCUGCUGACCUUUUAAAACUUUCUAUAUGUUUUCGUCAAUUCUUCGUUGGCUUUAUAUUUAUAGACAUCGAUGAGUGUGUCGCAGGGUCACACUCUUGCAGCCCUGAUGCCUAUUGCAACAAUACCAAGGGGUCUUACAACUGUACAUGUAAACCUGGAUUCACUGGGAGUGGAACAGAAUGCGAGGGUAAGCGUUACUUUUGAGAAUAUUGUGCUAAGGAGGCUGAUUUUUUUUAAUUUUGAACUUUCUUUUAAAACAAGGAGGCCUACCCAUUUAUUGUUGUUUUUACAGUUGUUGGUGUUUCUAAAGACAAAAUUACUGAAUUCGGUUUUUGCAUAAAAUCACGAUUCAUGAAACCUUGAGUCUGUGUCUGCGUGAUCUCCCCCGUUUUUGGCUUCAGAAGACAACUCAGAUCUCGGUUUUGAUAAUUCAAGAUAUCAUACUCAACCUCAUCAAGUAAUUGCUUACUAGUUUAGCGGUAAGUGCUUCUGAAACACAUCCAUCGAUGAUUCAUAAUCGUUUGAAUGUUUUCUUCAAGUGAAAUCACAAAUUACAAGGUGGCAUCUGUCGCAGCCUAUACCGUUAAUAUUAUCAGCCAGAGUUGAAACUAAAUGCCCAAUUAUGGUUCUUUGCAACAAUUAAUUAUUUUUCAAACACAACCGGUAAUAAACUUGGUAAGCCUUCAAUAAGGUAGAGACUUUAAAUACUGGAUGAAAGUAUCCAUGAUUGUUUUAUUAAGAUAACAACAAUCGAUCCUCUCCCGACGCUGUUUCUUAUCAAUGAUGUAUUUGAAGAAAACAUAUCGCCCCAUAUAAGGUAAUCCAGGACAGAAUGAGAUUGUGGAUUCCACGCUGUGGAUUCCGGUUUCUACUUCAGCAGAUUUCGGAUUCCAAAACACUAAAGAUUACAGAUUUUAGUUUCUGGUUUGCUCCUAAUUUUCGCACGUCGUUUUCUAGGAAUGACUUCAAUGGCGGAUUUCGUUAUUGAAGGAUAUGUUUGUGAAUGCAUAUUUGUUUAUUCAUAUUUCCAUAACAAGAUUUGAUAAUAGCAAUAAAUAUUACAGCAAAUUGAGCGGUAAAUUAUUUUCCUAUAUGUAGCUGGCGAUGAUGUUCGACGUUAUGAGAUUGUGUGCUGACCGCGCAGACCGUGCAGACAGAGUAAUAUUCUUGUUUGUUUGUUUUUUCAAAUUGUGAUUAUUUACACUUUUUUCCUACUCUUUUGGUAACGUUGGAGCUGUUUCCAAUUUUUGGACUCCAAAUGACGAAAUUGUACGAAUUUAUGUCGAGCUCACGUUACCUAGCAAACAAAAUUCCAGGCUCAAGUUUUUCGAAUUCAUGGAGAUUAGCCCCACCUGGCAUGAUGUCUUGCAGAUGUAAUUAGUGAGGAAAGUGACGCUGAUUUAGAGGUAAGGAAUGCGCUGUAUGAAGGAAGCAAAUGAUUAGCAGGAUCUUCACAAAACAGCCCAAAGAACUUUACCAUACUGAAAGUGUUGCAAGCUAAAAUCGAACUUUAUUAGGAAAUAUGGUUUUUUAAUAGGAGUAGGAGACUGAUAAUGGGCUAGUAGGGAACCUUAGUCAUGUCAGUAUCGAAGUCAGUUUGGUGAUAGGUCAUAAAUGAGUUCGUAAUUGUCUCGCGAGCUAUAGCAGUCGGAAAUUUUUGGCAUGACCGUGGUUGCAAGGAUGCGCGUGAGAGCCGCUAGUACGAUUUGAAAUGGAUUUUCAGCAAAUGGAUACUAGAUUCAUUCUUUAGCGGGAUUUGGGACUCCAAAAGCUGGAUUCUGGAUUCCAUUGGCCAAUAUACCGGAUUACACAAGCAAAAAUGUCCUGAACUCCAAAAUUCGGGUUACCUUACAUAGGGAGAAACAUAAAUGCCGCCAAAUAAAGUAAAUGAAAACUUAGAACUCUUUCCAGCCAAAAAGCAGAGCUUGGAACAUGAUAAAAUUCUUCUGCCAAGCCAGAUUGCAGUCAAAUUAUUUUGCCAAUGAUGUAGCUUAAACAAGUUUACAAUUUCUUCUAAUCAAAGGUAUUUUUAAACUUCUUGCAGGAGCUUCUUCGUGUAAAGAAAUUCAUGCCAUGCAAGUAGAACUGAUUUUCGAUAUUGUUUUCAUAGUACAUCAAAUAUGGCACUUGCCCGCACAUAGUUUAAGCCCAUUACCUCACGGGAUGUACCCCAAUUAUCAAACCACACUCCAUAUGCGGGGAAAGUCCUCCUUUAAACCUUGAUUCAUUUCAGUUGAGUGCAUUACUGUCAUCAUAGAAGAAGUGAAAAAUAACCUUUGCCCUCGGACACCUGUUUGAUUCCAGUACAAAUAACCGAGCAUUGUUGUUACGAAGGCUGGUGGUUAUAUUCUGAAGAUAUUGACGUCUGAAGGAUCAACUUUUCCUUUGCUUAUUUGUUGAAUCAUAACUACUAUUAUCACUCUGUAUCUUUCCCAUUCUCAUUUUUAUUGCCACCGUUGUAGCUAUGAUAGUUAUUUUUAUGAGCUCAGGUUUUAUUUCACCAUCAUUGUUUUCAUUAUUAGUUGUAUAUAUAUAUAUAUUUUUUUUUUCCAUUUUGAUUCAAAAGAUCCAAUGUGAGUGGUGUGGUUACCCUUCUUGUUGACUCCCAACCAUUGUCCGUUUUCUGUCACAUGGGAAAUUUUGGGUGUGGAGACAGAGGAUGGACGCCGGUCAUGAAGAUUGCCGACAAUGAGGUGCAUACUUUAAUUAACUAAUUAUCUCGUGUAAAAACCUGCUCUCUUUCAAAACGUUGCAAGUUAAAAAAGUGCAUGUUACUUAUGUAUGCCAUUUGUUUUGCAUCGAGAAGGUAAUACAUGAAGAACAGACUUCGUUCAGGACUUAUUGUGUGUAGUGACUGUUGAAAAAGGAUGAAAAAUAAUUUAUAAAUAUAUGCUAACAUAUUUGUCUCUAAUAUCAUGUAACAGCUAGAUAGGAAAUAGACACCAUUACGGUCAUAGUUUGGUUAAAAGCUGUACGGAACAAAGAACGUAUCUUAUCGUAGUUAAAGUUCCACACUAGUUAAUUGAUGUGUAGAUAUCACGCUGAUUAAAAGAGUUGUCAUUGCUCAUCCCCUAAACGGCGGGGAGGGUGGGGGAUAGGUAGAGAAGGAUUCUUGGAGGACUAUAGAACAUUUAAUGCCAUUUAACUUGCCAAUGAUUUUAUCGUGACACAACCACACUCAAAUUUUUUUCUAUAUACAAAGAUAUCAGAAUUUCUUUAAAGAAUAGCAACGUUUAUCAUGCUUCAUUCACUUCACAAAUGAUUAUAUUUUCAAUGAAUCUUAAUUGACGUGCAAAUGAAAACACAGAAAAACUCCUUAUAACUAGAUACAUAUAUCAUGCACUGAUCUACGGCGCCGGGUACUAUUGGGUAUUAUUGACGUUGGUAAUUACGACACCAUGUCGUAACUACCAAGGUCAAUUCAUCGGUAAAACAAAUGAGUAAUUGAUCGAUAAAUUCAGAUACACAACAGGACUUCGACAAAAAAUAUCCAUUAAUUCGGAGUAAAUAAAAAAAAGGAAAUUAAUUGCUCAUUUAUUUCAGACAACCUUCCAUUAUAAGGCGGAUUACUGGAUAAAUUACCAAGUAUAUAAUCUUCCCGGAGGAGAAACUGGGUUCGACGGACAAGAAUCAAAGCUACCCACCUACUGGAACACAUCCUUCUCCAGGAUCUCUCUCGGUAUGAAGAUCCACCAACAGCUCAGGUUCAUUGUCAUCCACAAGCAAGCUGACUCUCUGUACUCACUGAUCGCUGAUGGCCAAUACCGCGCCACCGUCACUGGGUCGUGA